AUGAAAUUCGAAAUUAACUCGAUACAUGAGAACAAGGUUUGGACCUUGGUCGAUCUUCCUGGUGGGAUAAAACACAUAGGUUGUAAAUGGGUUUACAAGAAAAAGGUCGAUGUGGAUGGAAAUAUUCAUACAUACAAACUAAGGCUAGUAGCAAAAGGUUACACACAAAGACAAGGUGUUGACUUUGAUGAAACCUUUUUGCCUGUACCCAUGCUAAAGUCCAUUCAAAUUUUGAUUGCAAUAUCUACAUACCAUGAUUAUGAGAUAUGGCAAAUGGAUGUCAAAAUCGCUUUCCGUAAUGAAAACUUGCAAGAGGUGUACAUGACACAGCAUGAAGGUUUUGAAUCCAAAGAAGCCAGCAAGUUAGUUGAGAAAGUUUCAAACAGGAGACAACCGCUGAUUCAACAACAGAAGCCGAGUACAUUGCUACUUCUGAAGCAGCGAAGGAAGCUGUCUGAAUCAAGAAAUAAUGGAGUUAUCAGACCAUCUCUUGUUGCAUGUAGAGCUACUCCUCAGAAGUGGACCAUUCUUGAAGCAACCUCUGAACUCACUAAACCCCACCAAAUUAUUCUGAAUGGACAAAGUUUUAAGGAUGAAUUUUCCAUGGAAUAUGAACAAAAACUGAAGGAUAUCAGGGAAAUAUUGAAAUCAGAGGAAUUAGAAAAUCAAAUAGAAAGCUUAAUGUUGGUGGAUGCUAUCCAGCGACUAGAUGUUAAUUACCAUUUUCAGGAAGAGAUUGAAGCAGUUCUUCGGCGACAUUACAUGGAAGCCACCACUUCUUUUGAUGGAUACACUCUUCAUGAUCUUUCACUUUUCUUCAGACUCUUGAGAGAACAUGGUUUUUCCAUUUCCGCAGACAUAUUCAAUAAAUUCAAGGGAAAAGAUGGGGUGUUUGAAGGGAAAUUAAAGCAAGAUAUCAGAGGAUUGAUGGAAUUGUAUGAAGCUGCGCAGCUAGUGACAGAAGGAGAAGAUAUUCUUGAUGAAGCAGCAAAAUUUAGUGGCCAAAUUGUUAGUGGCAGAUUGAAGCAUCCUUAUCACAGAAGCAUUGCAAGAUUUACUGCAAAGAAGUAUAUUAGAGAUUUCCAAGGCAUAAAUGGAUGGAGAAAAACAUUGAAAGAGCUCGCAAAAAUGAAUAUUUCCGUGGCAAAGACCGGCAACCAACAAGAACUGGCCAAAAUUUCCGAGUGGUGGAAAAACCUUGGUUUGGCUCAGGAAUUAAAGCAGGCUAGGAACCAACCUUUAAAAUGGUAUACAUGGUCCAUGGCUUCCCUGAGCGAUCCAAGCAUGUCGGAGCAAAGGCUUGAGCUCACCAAAUCCAUCACGUUUAUUUACAUAAUAGAUGACAUUUUCGAUCUUUAUGGGACACCAGAAGAACUUACUGUCUUUACCCGAGCUGUGCACAUGUGGGACUAUGCGAUCGUUCAGAUGUUACCAAAACCCAUGAAGAUGUGCUACAAAGCCCUUCUUGACACCACAAAUGAUAUAGGCUACAAGAUCUACAAAAAGCACGGAUAUAAUCCGAUUGAUUCACUAAAGUCAGCAUGGGGAAGUCUGUGUGACGCAUUCCUAGUAGAAGCUAAAUGGUUUGCUUCAGGGCACUUGCCGACCUCACAUGAGUACCUAGAAAAUGGGAAGGUGAGUUCAGGAGUACAUGUGGUGCUCGUCCACCUCUUUUUUCUUUUGGGAGUCAAUAGAAAAACAGGAGGGGCCGUUCAAGUGGAUGAUAUAUCAGAACUCAUAUCCUCUGUGGCCGCUAUUCUCCGUCUCUGGGAUGACUUUGGAAGUGCCAAGGAUGAGCAGCAAGAUGGAAAUGAUGGUUCGUACAUAGAGUGCUACAUGAAAGAGAAUCCAGGAUCAACUAUUGAGACUGUGCGGGAGUGUGUUAUUGAUAUGAUAUCAAGUGACUGGAAGCAUCUUGACAAGGAGUGUUUUCGUUUAAAUAAAAACUCAUCAAGCUCAUCUUUCACAAAAGCUUCUCUUAAUAUUGCAAGAAUGGUUCCUCUAAUGUACAGUUACGAUGACAACCAUCAGCUCCCAAUCCUUGAAGAGUUCAUCAACUCCACACUCUUUGAUGAUACUUUCUUGGUGCACCGUCCUUAAAGAAUAGCUAAAUGAUGAAAAAUUCCACAAUUCGUGGGUCCUAUUGUCUAGCCUUUUACCUCCAUUGAGAAAUUAUCUGUUGAGAAUGUUGUACGGUAGAAAUAAUUGCGAAGGCGAUGAAUUAAUGACUUGAUGCAGUGACAUCAGUAUAUUUGUUGCAUCAUAUAUUGUUUGAAAUUAAAAAUAAAGAUACAUAGUAUCCUCUUUGUC